AUGCCUGACAAACGGCCCCAUGACCCGCAGCCCGACCCCGCAGACGCUCCGAAGCGGCGGUGUCACAGUCGCACCGUCUCCGGCACGGAUGGCGCGGAGCCCUCGACACACGCCGCAAUGGAGACCGAAGCGGCGUCCUCGCCGCAGCCGACGUCCUCGACGGCUUCGCUUACAAUCGCUUCUCCUUCCUCUGACAAAUCCUCGUUCACCUUUCCACCCAGAGGCGAGGCAGACCAGUUCGACAUCACCGCCGGAUCUCCUCGACGACCUACGAUUCCCCUCCCAUCAUGCGACGACUUGCGCGCAAUGGACGACCCCGAGCCCUCCACGCUGCCUCCGUGGCCCCUCCCGCCCCUUCCGCUGCUGAGCAUGUCGGCGCUCGCAAUCGCAGACGACGACGAGGUAAUGACCAACAGCACGGACAGCGGGUCCGAGGAGCGGAUAUGGGAGACCGCGAGCCUCCUGCUCAUGCCGCGGACGCGGAGGCGGGCGAUGAGCGCACCGCUGAGGCCGGGAGUCGUGUGGGCCACACGGGAGCGGGGGCGGGUCGUGGCGGCUGGAGCGGAGGAGUAG